UCGCCCUAGCGGCGGCAGGCUGCGUGUGGCGGCGAAAAUGGGAGAAAAGGAGGAGUUGCAGAGUUGUAGGAAAGAAGAAGAAGGCAUCCAUCGACCGAGAAAGCUCCCAAAUCUCCCCCAAAGCUUCCGGCUCCCCAACCCCUCUCCUUCCAUUCUUGGAGACCCGCCCUCUGGCCGUCCCCGUGACCGGAAUCCCAUGGAGGCCGCCGUUUUCGCGCCCCAGCAGGCCAACCCGGCUCAAGCGGCGGUGGCGCAGACCAGGAUGGCCGCCAUGCGGAAGCUCGGCGCCGCCUCGGCGCGGAGGAAGACGCUCUGCGACAUCACCAACCUGAGGCGGCCGCUGGAGGGGCAGCAGCAGGACGGGUCGAGGUGCGCGGACGGCGUGGACGUGGAUGGAUUCGCGCGGCUGGUCAAGGAGAAUUCGGAUCUUGUGAAGCUCCUGGAGGAGAGUGACAAAUUCAUAGAGAGUCUGCGGCUGGCAAACUGGCAGAUUGCGCAGGCUAAUUCCCAGAUGUUAGCAGAGAUAAAUCUUGGCAAAGAUAGGCCGGUGUUUCUUCUUUCUGUUAUCUUUCUGAUGAAGCUGAAAAUGCUACAACAUGAGCUUACGUGCUCGAGAGCUGCCCUCAAAGUAAAAUCAUCGGAACUUGAGGAGACAAAGAAAGCGUUGAAGAGCAGCAGACACCAGAAACAGAAGAGCGCGAACGAGACGGCGCGACACUUGGUCGCCGAUAGACCUGCUGCAGCUGCACAGCUCAAGGAUGGAGACGCGGAGCCCGAUUCGGAUGCAUCGCGCGCCACCAGCGCCAACAAGUCUACCUGCAACGCCAGCGCCAACAAGUCUACCUGCAACGCCAGCCGGAAGAGGCUGCUGAGAUCCCGAUCUUUGGGACCUGCAGUGGCGCCGACGAAGCUGGUGGCGGCGUCCAAUGAAAGGGAGAGCGCACAGAGACGCAAGUCCAUGAGAACGCCACAGUCCGGUGGCCGCAGGGAAGACUUGUUUGAGAUAGAGGAUGUUCAGUUCACCGCCGGCGGUGGAGAUGACAGGAAGGGGGCGUCGUGGGAACUGGAUUCGUCGGUGCAGUUUCCACGCAGGUCAUCGCUGGGGAGGCCGCUCCGGCGGGCCGCAGAGAAGGUCACCUCCUACAAGGAGAUGCCUGGCAACAUUAAGCUAAGGAGGCCCUAAGCAGUAGCACAAGUUGAUGAGUUCCGAUUCUUAAUUUAUUCUUUGAUGUCUUCUGCUUCUGCAGAUGCAACCAGCAUCUGGAUUGUAGUGUGAAAGAAUGGUGUGAAAAUCUGGAUUGUUGUGUGAAA